UGGCAUAUUUCCUUUAGACCAGACAAUCAGUCAGACGCAUGCAUAUCCCAUUUCUAUCCAAGCCGUUUGCAGAGAUAGUGCACUCACUGCGCUGAGAGCAGCGGUCACAAAUCAAGUCCGUCUCGGCAAGUCAAUUUUGUAUCUACGGUGGAUAUUACAAUCCAAGGAUUAGCUCUCUGCUGAAGAGACAGAAGAUGGACUCAGCCAUUAACAGCCACCUUGUGCAGAACCUGUCCAUUCUUCUGAGUGCUGGUUAUUUCAACGAGACCUGUCGCUUUGAUGAGGAGUUUAAGUACAUCCUACUGCCUGUUUCCUAUAGCCUGGUGUGUGUUCUGGGUCUGGUGCUGAACUCUGUGGCUCUGUGGAUGUUCCUGACCAAGAUGCGCCCGUGGAACACCAGCACUGUCUACAUGUUCCACCUGGCCCUCUCAGACUUCCUGUACGUUCUCUCCCUGCCCACCCUCAUCUACUACUACGCUAACCGCAGCCACUGGCCCUUCGGCGUGGCCGCCUGCAAGAUCGUCCGCUUCUUGUUUUAUGCCAACCUCUACAGCAGCAUCCUCUUCCUCACCUGCAUCAGCGUCCACCGCUACCUGGGCAUCUGCCACCCCAUCAAGGCCCUGACCAUGGUGAAGCCACGCCAUGCCCACACCGUGUGUGGUAUGGUGUGGGCUGCUGUCACGGCGUGUCUGGUGCCCAACCUCAUCUUUGUCACCACCAGCCAGAGGGACAACGACACGAUGUGUCACGAUACGACCAAUCCCGAGCAGUUUGAGGAGUAUGUGGACUACAGCUCUGUGGUCAUGGUCCUGCUGUUCGGCGUCCCCUUCAUGGUUAUCAUGGUCUGCUACUGUCUGAUGGCACUGGCUCUGUGUCGGCCCAGACGGGGGCUCUCGUCCAGCCAGCAGAACUCACCCUCCCGCACCAAGUCCAUCAAGCUAAUUGUGGUGGUGCUGGUGGUGUUCGCCGUGUGUUUUGUACCCUUCCAUAUCACACGCACCCUCUACUAUACCUACCGUGUACUGAAUGCCAAAUGUGAAUUCCUGAACAUCGUCAACUUUGCCUAUAAGAUCACCAGGCCUCUGGCCAGUGUGAACAGUUGUAUUGAUCCCCUCCUGUAUUUCCUGGCUGGGGAUCACUACCGCUCUAAGCUGGUCAAAGCUCUCACUGGAAAUAGACCGACAACCACCAGCCUCUCUGCUGCCUGCCUGAAAAAGCGCCCCAAAAAGAACCAUGAGAUUGCGCUGGUCUAUAAGAACCCAGAGCCUAAAGCCAGCGUUGAACCUAUGAGAUAGUGGGUUAUACAUAUGGAAAACUAUGGAGCAUCAUAUAGAUAUGCCUAACCUCCAUAAUAUAAACAGGAAGGAAACAGUUAAUAGUCCUAGGCUGACCACUACACAGCUGCACUUUCUUUGGAUGCUGUUCUGUCAUUUCAGACACAGGAUGACUACUGUCCAGGGUGAACGAAGGGGCCUCUUGCCAGAGCUCAGACCUGAGUGAGAAAUUCAGUUCCUAUAAGGCUGUUCGGUCAAUGUCAUGUUAAAGAGAAUGAAGAAGUGGGAGUACGGUUGAGUUCAGAAAACAGUGGUGAAAAAGUACCCAAUUACCAUACUUGAGUGAAGUAAAAAUGAAAGUCACCCAGUAAAAUACUACUUGAGUAAAAGUCUAAAAGCAUUUGGUUUUAAAAAUACUUAAGUAUCAAAAGUAAAAGUAAAACUAUACAUUAUUUCCAAUUCCUCAUAUUAAGCAAACCAGACGACAUCUUUUUCUUGCUUUUUUAUUUAUGUGUGUUUAGUGAGUCCGUCAGAUCAGAGGCAGUAGGGAUGACCAGGGAUGUUCUCUUGAUAAGUGCGUGAAUUGGACCAUUUCCCUGUCCUGCUAAGCAUUCAAAAUGUAAUGAGUACUU